AGGGAUUAAGACAGAUAAGUUUCCACAUUAACCAUUGAUGUUGGCCGUGAGCUGAUUAUUUCGAAUUCCUCCUUAUCAAAGAAUAAUCGCCUUUCAUAUACUGAAAUUCCUGUUCGACUGAAACUUCUCAGACUUUCUUUUCCAGUGCGCUGCUCUUGAAAGCUUUCUGCAUCUGAACCAUUCUUCUUUAGGACGACUCCGAUCAGUGCCCCGCCCGCUUAGAUAAACCCUCACCGCAAACAGUAUUGCCACCAGUUAGGCAAAAACUAUAGAAUAUUCUAGUCAUCAGUUAUGGAUUGUUGCAUGAAGCCCACUGUGUUUCAAGUUAUAUUAAUUGUUAUACAAGUUAAUACUUUUACGAGUAUCGCUGCAGGGGACUUUCAAGUGAAAAACCUCGUGAUUGGCGAACCAGUUUCGGGUAAAACAGAAUUUAGACUUGGUGUUAUGGCUCCCGAUUUUAUGGAUUACAGCUUAUCACCCCUUUCUCUCAAUUCAACUGUAGUUACGCUCAAGUACAGCGUUGAAAAAAUGUUGCCAGAGCUGCUCCCAAAUUAUUAUUUCAAUAUGAGUUACGUGGAUUCCAGUUGCGAUUCCGAAAAAUUCAUCAUUACAACAGAUUUGAUACAUUAUUACAGAAUCCAGGCUAUUUUUGGUCCUAUGUGCAUAAACCUGUUGGCGUCAACCGCCUCUGCAGCCAAAACAGUUGGAAUAAAUGCAUUGACGGUUGGCAGUCAAAGUUUGGCUAAUGGUAAAGAUACUAUGGUGCGACUGAUUUCCCCCUUUAAGCACUACGGAAGCUUAGACAAAACAAACGCGGGUCUUGAUCUCAAUUACGCUUACGUUGUGAACAUCCUAUUUGUUCAUUUCGGAUGGCCAAUUUCUGAUAUAGUCGCAGUUUAUCAUUCUAACCAUACGAACUCAAAGGGACACGACUUGAAUAUCGCGCCUUUGUGGUGUCUUGCGUUCGAUUGGGUAAAUUUUGUCGCUGGUGAAAGAUCUGAAUUUUCCCAAUUGGGUUUGCAUACUUCUGUUGACAAAAAUGGGAACGAAGUUUUGGACGAGUUAACUGAAAGGCAACUUAAGUUCCUCACGUUGGCCAGGACUUUCGUCCUUGGAAUGGAAGCGAAAUUUGUGCGGCAAUUUUUGUUCAUGAUUUUCUGCGAAAAGAAAGGCAAAUUUAAAAUUGAAGAGUACGUUAUAAUUUAUUUGCAACCAAGUUACGUACUUGGCUCAAAUAUCGACGACCGGCUUUGGAAAGACCCUGAUUCAAAAGUAGCUGAAGAUUCAGCGCAAAACAAGUGUUUGAAACGUGUUUUCAGACAUGUUUUGAUUGUGCGACCUCAAGAUACUUUUGCGGGAAACAUGCAAAAGUAUGAACAAAUUAAAUACGGCUUUAAUCGAGCAUGUGCUCUGAGCCCACUGAAAAACUGUCAGGUUCUCGAAACACCAUCUAAUUUUCAGUAUGUGGCUGCCACUUACGAUGGAGUACGACUGCUCAUGCAGGCUAUGAACAAAUCUAUUUCGGAGAAUAACAAAAAGCUUGAAAACGAAGAUGUAAAUCAAGUCCUAUUCCCGUUCGUCGCCGGAAAACAUUUCUACGACUCUAAUUUCGCCGGUGCUUCCGACAUAGUUUUCAACGAUGCUGGCGAAAGAGUGACCAAAAUGGAACUGUGGCGUAUGGAAGAUACAGAAACCGGCAUCUUUUCAGCUCAUGUUGUUUUUGACUUUGACGGAACCAAUGUCACUAAGGGUCCUGGAGUACCUUGGAUUGGAGGAAGUGCGCCCAAAAACAACCCAGGCGUUGUUUCUGACAAUCAAUGCAGUCACCAGCAUUCUCAUACAGGCCUGACGAUUCUGAUCUUCUUUCUGGUAGCAUGUGUCGUGUUUCUCCUGGCUAUUCUUACUUUGAUUGGGAUCGUUAUGUACACGAGGGGCAUGACGGAGCGGUCGCUCAGAGAAACAAUCGUUCCAUUUUUUGUGACAACUGAACAAUGAUUUUCGAGAAAUUGCAGAGGUACCUGUUCAAAAUUGCAUGACAAAAUUUUGCGGUAGAAAGAGAAUCUGUGCUUCGGCGAUGUUAAUAUUGACGUAUACUGAGCUUAUUUAAUCUUUUUGAAGUGAUUUGUAUUUGGAUAAAACCAUACAGAAUAGACUAAUCAAAGUUGUAUGCAAUUUUUGAAUUUAAUUGUAUACUUG